GGUCCUGGAAGGACACACAAAUACUAAACAUCUACAGGGUCUUUCCCUGCUCUGUGGGAUUUAUCACCUCUGCAGUCGGUUACUAUUCUUCAAAUGUAUCUGAGUCGGAGUUUAUAAUAAUUUAAUUUUUCGUAAUUCCUGGAUUCCGAGCCGAACCGUGCCGUGCCUCUUCCAGGACCUGGACGCAUCGCUUCCAUUCCUCCAUUGAUCCGCUCUUCGUCCACUCUGUUGUGGUUUGACGUUGAACUCAGUCCAUCUGUGAUUUAUUUCCCUUAAAAUGUCCACUUCUGUCCGUUUGUAGUCGUCCUCCGUGUGCUUUACGGUGCAGAUCAUCAUCGGACCGGGGUCGUCGGGGACUGCGGGCCUAUCAUGUCGGCGGCAGCCGGUGGCGGAGGAGCCUCGUCCUGUCUGGGUGCAGCGGCGGCGGCGGCUUCUGGUUGUAGCUCCGCGGGCUCUGCGGCCGGAGGAGCCGGGGGAACCGCGGGGGUGGCCGGGCGGCUGCCGGCCCGGGUCCUGGAGCACAUCUUCUCCUAUCUGGAGCUGUCGGAUCUCAUGCGGUGUUCGCUGGUUUGUUGGCACUGGAAUAACAUCCUGGCGGAUGAGAACAGUGAGGUGUGGCGCAGCCUGUCCGGCCGGUCCCUGAGCGAAGAGGCGCUGCGGUCCGACAUCCUCUGCAACCUGCCCACGUACCGGGGCAAACUCAAGGCUUUCCAACACGCUCUCAGCUCCCACGACUGUUCUCGUAACGUUUACGUGAAGAAGAACGGCUUCACCCUGCAUCGUAACCCCAUCGCCCAGAGCACGGACGGAGCGCGGGGCAAGAUCGGCUUCUCGGAAGGACGCCACGCCUGGGAGAUCUGGUGGGAGGGGCCUCUGGGCACGGUGGCGGUGAUCGGCAUCGCCACCAAGCGGGCGUCCAUGCAGUGCCAGGGCUACGUGGCCCUGCUGGGCAGCGACGACCAGAGCUGGGGCUGGAACCUGGUGGACAACAACCUGCUCCACAACGGGGAGGUCAACGGAAACUUCCCACAAUGCAACAACGCGCCCAAGUAUCAGAUCGGUGAAAGAAUACGAGUCAUCCUAGACAUGGACGACAAGACGCUGGCCUUCGAGAGGGGUUUCGAGUUCCUGGGCGUGGCGUUUCGCGGCCUGCCCAAAGCCUGCCUGUUCCCCGCCGUGUCUGCGGUUUACGGCAACACCGAGGUCACCAUGGUGUACCUGGGAAAACCUCUGGAUGGCUAGGACCACCACGGCCCACCCACCCACCCACCGAACCCAUCGGAGGACCCGGACUUGACCCUUUCCAUUCUGUUUUAGAAGGUUCUGGAAGCCAAGCGUUCACAUUUUGCAGAAUAUUCACAUGCACAAGAAAACACUGUCGGUAUUUUUACUACAGCCUCGACCCGGACCCGGACCCGGACUCGGACUCGGCUAAAUAGGGAUUGCGAUAAACACUUCUAUCGACAGCUGCUGGUUUUUAUUUACUGGAGACGAGGAUUUACCGUCAUUUCUUGCAAACUAACAGGUUUUACGUCUGCUUUAAUGAGGCCAAAAUGCUCCAGUCAUGUGAUAAACACUUCCCAUGUCAUUUCACCAAGUGUCGUGUGAGGUUUAACAGGUCAAACUGGACCCUGGGACUGGAUCGUACUGGUUUUAUGCCAAAUUAAUGUGAGCGUGCAUGGAAAACCGGCAGUCGGACCACAGCGUUAGCCCUUUUUAAACCUUCAUCCAGUCGUGGUGGAAACUAUACCUGUACCAUGUGUGUCCUUUUUAAUGUGCUAUUAUAGUUCCAAUGGAUAAAUAAUAAAUAAACUAUACACUAUUUAUUUCUGGGUUGUAUCUUUGGGAUUAAGUCCACUGUACGGUUUAAAAGCCUGAAAAUAAAAGUCUACACGCUGCCACAUUACAAUAAAGAUGGUUCGAUGCUUG